GCGGCGGCGGGCGGCGGGGCCGCCAUGGCGGCGCUGUGGGGCGAGGUGAACCGCUGCGGGCAGAACGGCGACUUCGCCCGCGCCCUCAAGCCCCUCAACCGCAUCCUGCAGGCGAGCAGGGAGGACGCGACGGCGCUGCGCUGCAAGGUGGUCUGCCUCAUCCAGAGCGGCGCCUUCCGCGAGGCGCUCGGCCUCAUGGGCGCCCACGCCAAGGCGCUCGGCGGCGACGGCAUGGCCUUCGAGAAGGCCUACUGCGAGUACCGGCUGAACCGCAUCGAGAGCGCCCUGCGCACCAUCGAGAGCGCCGCGCAGCGCACCGACCAGCUCAAGGAGCUCUAUGGGCAGGUGCUCUACCGGCUGGAGCGCUACGACGAGUGCCUGGCCACCUACCGGGACCUCAUCCGCAACUCGCAGGACGAGUAUGAGGAGGAGAGGAAGACCAACCUGUCGGCCGUCGUGGCGGCACAGAGCACGUGGGAGAGGGUCGUGCCCGAAGAUCUGGGACUCCGAGAAGCUACCUAUGAGCUGUGUUACAACAGCGCGUGCGCCCUGAUCGGCCAGGGGAAGCUGAAUGAAGCCAUGAAGAAGCUGCAGAAAGCGGAAGGGCUGUGCCGCCAGUCGCUCUCGGAAGACUCCGAUGUGACCGAGGAAGACAUUGAGGCUGAGCUGGCCAUUAUCCACGGGCAGAUGGCUUACAUCAUGCAGCUGCAGGGUCGCACGGAGGAUGCCCUGCAGCUCUACAACCAGAUCAUCAAGUUGAAGCCAACAGACGUGGGGCUGCUUGCUGUCAUUGCAAACAACAUCAUCACAAUUAACAAGGACCAGAACGUCUUUGACUCGAAGAAGAAGGUGAAGCUGACCAACGCAGAAGGCGUGGAGCACAAGCUCUCCAAGAAACAGCUCCAGGCCAUCGAGUUCAACAAAGCCUUGCUGGCCAUGUACACCAACCAGGCGGAGCAGUGCCGCAAGCUGGCGGGCAGCCUGCAGGCGCAGAGCCCCGAGCACCUGCUGCCCGUGCUCAUCCAGGCCGCCCAGCUGUGCCGCGAGAAGCAGCACGCCAGGGCCGUGGGCCUCCUGCAGGACUUUGCGGAGCAGCACCCAGCCAGCGCCGCUGAGGUCAAGCUCACCAUGGCCCAGCUGAAGAUUGCUCAAGGCAGCGUCACCAAGGCCUGCAUCAUCCUGAGGAGCAUCGAGGAGCUGCAGCACAAGCCCGGCAUGGUGUCCGCGCUGGUGACCAUGUACAGCCACGAGGAGGACAUCGACAGCGCCAUCGAGGUCUUCACGCAGGCCAUCCAGUGGUACCAGCAGCACGAGCCCAAGUCCCCCGUGCACCUCUCGCUCAUACGGGAAGCGGCCAACUUCAAGCUGAAGCACGGCAGGAAGGAGGCGGCCAUCAGCGACUUGGAGGAGCUCUGGAAGCAGAACCCGAAGGAUGUGCACACGCUGGCGCAGCUCAUCUCCGCCUACUCCCUGGUGGACCCCGAGAAGGCAAAGGUCCUCAGCAAGCACUUGCCGUCCUCGGACAGCCUGUCCCUGAAGGUAGAYGUGGACGCGCUGGAGAACUCCCCCGGGGCAACCUACGUUCGCAAGAAGGCCGGGAAGCUGGCGGGCGACAGCCAGCAGAAGGAGCAAGGGCAAGGGGACGUGAAGAAGAAGAAGAAAAAGAAGAAGGGAAAGCUGCCCAAGAACUACGACCCCAAGGUGACGCCUGACCCGGAGCGCUGGCUGCCCAUGCGGGAGCGCUCCUACUACCGCGGGCGGAAGAAGGGCAAGAAGAAGGACCAGGUCGGCAAGGGCACGCAGGGCUCCACCACGGCUGGCUCCGAGCUCGACGCCAGCAAGGCCGCCAGCAGCCCCCCGACGUCCCCCCGGCCGGGCAGCGCCGCCGCCGUCUCCAGUAAUGUCAUUCCGCCCAGGCACCAAAAGCCAGCGGGGGCCCCGGCCACCAAGAAGAAACAGCAGCAGAAGAAGAAGAAGGGGGGGAAGAGCGGGUGGUAGGAAGCAGCGCGCGGAGGCUGUCGYGGAAGCUGCUGGCUGCACAAUAAAGAU